AGCCAUGGCCAGAACUGGGAUGAAAAACCUAAAGCCAUUGUUGCUUAUGAGGCAAUUCGCCAUGAUGCAGAGGCAACAACUUGUACGUUGCAAGAGCACGUCAAAUCACCGUCAAAACAUAAGAGACGUGAUUUCCAAUAAACACGAGGAAGACGAGGAAUGCUGGAUGCCUCAUCCACACACAGGAAUAUAUUACCCAAAAGGACAUGAAUGGGUGAUGGAUGGUAUUCCAAGCAAUGCAGCAACCUUUGAAAAGGUCUUUUGGUUCAGGAGUGAAGGUGGAGUUGAUAAACCGGACCCUAUAGUUAAAUAAUCCAUUGUAACCCUAAUUUGGAAAGGUAUAUUAAACUUUAAAGGACAUGUAAUAACAUUUAUCGGUUAGUACUUUGAAUAACAAGACGUCAUUUCUUAA